AUGAACGGAAACAGUCGACCCAACGGCGUAAAUGGCCACCCGAAAGACAGGAACCUCAUGUCGCGCAAACCCUCCUCCCCAAUGGCGCCCACAUUUAUGGUCUCUGCUCCGGGCAAGGUCAUCGUGUUUGGCGAACAUGCUGUGGUGCAUGGGAAAGCCGCCAUUGCUGCCUCGAUCUCCCUCCGAUCCUACCUCCUCGUCACGACCCUCUCCAAAUCACAGCGCACGAUCACCGUGGUAUUCCCCGAUGUUGGACUCGAUCAUACCUGGAACAUUGACGACCUGCCCUGGCACGUCUUUACAAAGCUUGCGCAAAAGCCUCGAUACUAUGACAUGGUCACAUCGCUGGAUCCCGAUCUUGUUCAGGCCAUGCAACCUCACAUCGACGGCGUGUCGCCGCAUCUGACUGGCGAGAAGAGAAAGAUAUCCCAGAGCGCAGCAUCUUCUUUCCUCUAUCUGUUCCUCAGUUUAAGUUCUCCUACCGCACCAGGCAGCAUCUACACCCUCCGCUCCACCCUCCCAAUUGGAGCCGGACUCGGUUCCAGUGCCAGCGUUUGCGUAUGCAUCAGUGCUGCUCUCCUCAAGCAGAUCCAUGUCCUCUCUGGACCGCAUCAAGACCAGCCAGAGGAAGAAGUGGAUCUGCAGCUGGAAAGAAUAAACAAGUGGGCGUUUGUGGGUGAAUUAUGUAUACAUGGCAAUCCAAGCGGAGUUGAUAACACGGUCUCGACUCGUGGGCGGGCAGUGCUGUUCAAGAGGGAGGACUAUUCCAAACCACCAAAUUCACGUCCAUUGAAGGACUUCCCGGAACUACCAUUGUUGUUGAUCAAUACCAAACAGCCUCGCUCCACGGCCACGGAAGUGGCCAAAGUGGCUGCUCUGAAGAAAAAGUACCCCGGUGUUACGGAGGCUACCCUAGAUAGCAUCGAUGAAGUCACGAUGUCAGCGCAUGCCUUGAUCACGUCGGAAAACUUUGACCCUUCAUCCGAAGAAAACAUUGAAUAUCUUGGAGAUCUAUUUCGCAUCAAUCACGGCCUUUUGGUAUCACUUGGGGUGUCUCAUCCCAAGCUCGAGCAUAUCCGUGAACUGGUGGACUACGCCGAUAUCGGCUGGACAAAGCUGACAGGAGCGGGCGGGGGUGGAUGUGCCAUCACUUUACUCAAGCGUCAUGUCGAUGACGAAGCAAUUCGCGAAUUGCAACGAAAGUUCGAGGCUGCUGGGUUCGAAGAGCACAAGACUACCUUGGGGGGGAGUGGCGUGGGCAUUCUGUACCCUGCAGUCUUGCGCAAUGGCACAGAUGAAGAAGGCGGCGAGGAAAUCGACCAAAAGAAAUUCCUAAAUGCCACUGGACCGGAAGAACUGGAAACCUUAGUUGGUGUUGGCCUCCUCGACAGAAGGCCCGAGUGGAAAUUCUGGCAGUGA